CCUCGUACACAAGUGGAAGCGGGUCUCGCGCCGCGUAUAGUGAGUCGUUUCUCGAGAGCCUUGGUUGUCAUAUCUGACGAGAAUUAAAAGAUUGCACUGAGAAAACAUACAUAAUUAUCUGUUUUGCUCAACAAAAAUACUUGGGACAGAAUGUUCCGCGCUUGAAGAUGGAUAUGACCUUCUGCUCUGAGAAAACGGACCUCGGACCAUUCAGUUUGUGGAGUUUUUUUGGUAGUUUUCUCAGUUAUAAACUACAGGUGAUCCGGACGCGUUCAGAUUCCAGGAUCUUCUCAGAAAAAACACAAACCUCUCUGAGUCAUGCUGUCUCCCAUGUAUGCAGACAGCUCAGUCAUCAUGGAGAGAGCGCCGCCCUUGCGGAAAGGAGGGAGAGUGCAACCUCAGGGCCACAGACUGCGCUCUCAUCCUCCCACCAGCGGAAGCAGUGUUUGUGCCAACCCCACCUACUUUCAUACUGUGUAUGACAUGAAUGAUGAAGCAAGCCCAGUUGACUCGUUUGACUAUAGCAAAACCAAUGGAGGGGAAACCGUAGUGACGGAUGGGACGCUUUACUCUUUGAUGCCCAGUGACUCUCUGGUUCCUCCUAUCAGACGGAGAGGAGGCCUAGUUGACCACCGUGAUGUCAUCAAGGCACACCAAUCCCAUAAACUGCAGAGCACUCCACAGGCACAACGGAAACAAUGGGAAAUGGCUCGGUUCGGAGACGAAGUGCCGGCCAGGUAUGGUGGCGGGGGCCCCGGUCAGGGGGGACCCGGCCGCGGCGGGAGCAGGCAGGGCGGCCCGCCAGGGGCCCAAAGGAUGUACAAGCAAUCGAUGGCCCAGAGAGCCCGGACCAUGGCCAUCUACAACCCGAUCCCGGUCCGACAGAACUGCCUGACGGUCAACCGCUCUCUGUUUCUCUUCAGUGAAGACAACAUAAUUAGAAAAUUCGCCAAAAAGAUCACUGAAUGGCCUCCGUUUGAGUGGAUGAUUUUGACCACCAUCAUUGCCAACUGCAUCGUACUGGCUCUAGAACAACACUUACCAGAUGGAGACAAAACUCCACUGUCAGAACGACUGGAAGAAACAGAGCCCUAUUUCAUUGCAAUUUUCUGUUUUGAGUCGGGCAUUAAGAUUCUUGCACUGGGAUUUGCCUUCCACAAGGGCUCCUACCUGAGAAACGGCUGGAAUGUGAUGGACUUUGUAGUGGUGCUCACUGGUAUCCUGUCCUCUGUGGGGUCAGAAUUAGACCUGCGGACAUUGCGAGCAGUGAGAGUGUUGCGGCCGCUAAAAUUGGUGUCAGGAAUUCCAAGCCUGCAGGUGGUGCUAAAGUCUAUUAUGAAGGCUAUGAUUCCACUGCUGCAAAUCGGCGUGCUCUUAUUUGUGGCCAUCCUCAUGUUUGCCAUCAUUGGUCUGGAGUUCUACAUGGGCAAAUUCCACCGCACCUGUUUCGACAAUGUCACAGGUGAGCUUGACGUAAAGACGAACGAAAAACACUUGACCUUUAAAAUUGUAUACCUUUUACCAAAUCCUGUGCAUUUACAUAACCCAGGCGAGAUGUUUGACGAACAGCCCUGUGGUGAGCAAUAUCCCGCUCGAGUGUGUGAGAAAGGGUCGGUGUGUGCGGAAGACUGGCUUGGGCCAAACUAUGGCAUCACACAGUUCGACAACGUCCUUUUUGCCGUGCUCACUGUUUUCCAGUGCAUCACCAUGGAGGGUUGGACUGACAUGCUUUAUUAUAGCAAUGAUGCCUUAGGGAGUGCCUGGAACUGGAUGUACUAUGUUCCCCUCAUCAUCAUCGGAUCCUUCUUCAUGCUAAAUCUGGUGUUGGGUGUCCUCUCAGGUGAGUUUGCCAAAGAAAGAGAGCGUGUGGAGAACAGGAGCGAGUUCCUCAAGCUCAAACGUCAGCAGCAGAUUGAGAGAGAGCUCAACGGAUAUCUGGAGUGGAUCUGCAAAGCAGAGGAAGUCAUACUCACUGAGGAUGAUGAUGGCACUGGAUCUCGUCGUAGGCCCACCAUAAAGAAAAACAAAUCUGACCUGUUAAAUCCAGAAGAGGGGGAGGACCACAUGGGAGACGCAGUUGGCUCACCUUUUGCUCGUGGGAGCAUAAAGAGCGGAAUGGGCGAUGGGACUGGAUUUAGCAAGAAAGAGCGACGUCUGCGCUUCUUCAUUCGAAAGAUUGUAAAGACUAAGGCGUUCUACUGGACUGUCCUCAGCCUGGUGGGACUCAACACACUGUGUGUGGCUGUAGUUCACUAUGAUCAGCCCGAGCUACUGUCGGACUUCCUCUAUUAUGCUGAGUUCAUUUUCCUAGGCCUCUUUAUGUCAGAGAUGCUGAUUAAGAUGUACGGACUGGGGACGCGCCCUUAUUUCCACUCCUCAUUCAACUGUUUCGACUGUGCAGUCAUCGUUGGCAGCAUAUUUGAGGUGUUCUGGGCCAUGGUGAAGCCGGGGGCGUCCUUUGGAAUCAGUGUGUUGCGAGCUCUUCGACUGCUUAGGAUCUUCAAAGUCACCAAAUACUGGGCAUCUUUGCGUAAUCUAGUAGUGUCUCUUCUAAACUCCAUGAAGUCCAUCAUCAGUUUACUUUUCCUUCUCUUCCUCUUCAUCGUGGUCUUUGCUCUUCUCGGGAUGCAGCUGUUCGGUGGACAGUUUAACUUUGAGCUAGGCACUCCUCCAACAAACUUUGAUACUUUCCCUGGUGCCAUAAUGACAGUGUUUCAGAUUCUAACUGGAGAGGACUGGAACGUAGUGAUGUAUGACGGCAUUAAGUCUCAGGGAGGGGUGGACAAAGGAAUGGUCUUCUCCAUAUUCUUCAUUGUCCUUACACUCUUUGGCAACUACACACUACUGAAUGUAUUCUUGGCUAUCGCUGUGGACAACCUGGCCAAUGCUCAGGAACUAACUAAGGAUGAACAGGAGGAAGAGGAGGCCACAACACAAAAGAUUGCUCUCCAGAAAGCAAAAGAAGUGGCAGAAGUGAGCCCACUGUCUGCUGCCAACCUAUCUAUUGCUGCAGUUACAGUAAAAUCUGAACAUAUCGAUGCCACAGACAGUUUACUGGACUGUAAAGAGCAGCAGAAGAACUCGAAGGUUUCUAAGUCAGUGUGGGAGCAGCGCACGAGUGAGAUCCGCAGACAGAACCUGAUGACCAGCAGAGAGGCGCUUUACAAUGAACUUGAUGCAGAAGAUCACUGGAAGAUGAACUACCACAACCGUCCUGACAUGAAGACCCACUUGGACCGCCCACUAGUAGUUAAUCCUCAGGAGAACCGCAACAACAACACCAACAAGCCCCGACCGGGUGAACCAAACCCCCAGGAGCUAAACCAGCAGCAGGGAGAAGAAUACCUGCAGCACCAGUCCCGAUACCACCACCAUCACAGUCAUCAUCAUCACCACCACCACUCCAGCCGCCAGUCCCUACACCACCCAGAGCUGGGGGAGGCAGGCUGCGAUUGUGCCCAGAGGGGAGGCGAGGAUGUGGGGGGUGCAGGGGAGCACAGACGACCCCGACACCACCAGCACAGAAGAAAGGAUGAGGAUGGAGGAAGAAGACACAGAGAGCACCACAGCAGAGGGGAGACUGGAGGAGAAGGGGAGGAGGGCCAAGAGAAGAGGCAGAGGAGGCAUCGCCAUGGAAACCAUGGGGAUGGAGAUGGAAGGAGGGAUAGAGAACGGAGUCGACAGCAUAGAGCUAGAAAAGAGGGAAGUUUAUCAACAGCUCGCCCAAUUCAGCCAGGUCUUCCUCAUGCAGAGAGCCAGUACAGCGAGGAUCUGGACAACCUGCGAAAUAGCAGCAAGAUGGCCAGCCACGAUGCUGACCCCGACUUUUAUGACCCCUACUAUGACCCAGAGCAGGCCAAUAACCUGCUGAACCUGCGUGGACCGGAUUUCCAUGACAGCAGUCUCAUUCUGACUGACUGCACCAAAACCCCCCACAGACUUGACCAUACUGCCAUAGAUAUGCCCCCGAUUUACCCCUCGUUCAACGCCAAACUGCAAGUGAACAAGAAUGCCAACACAGAGCCAGCUAAAGAAGGAGAGAAGAAAGAGGAGGAGGAAGACAAUGGUGGUGAUGAAGAUGGCCCCAAACCCAUUCCUCCGUUCAGUUCCUGUUUCAUUCUAUCCACAACCAACCCCUUUCGAAGAUGUUGUCAUUACAUCCUGACGCUACGUUAUUUCGAGAUGUGUAUUCUGUCAGUCAUCGCUAUGAGCAGCAUUGCUUUAGCUGCUGAGGAUCCGGUGUGGCCGGAAUCACCUCGAAACAACGUAUUGCGUUACUUUGACUAUGUCUUCACUGGCGUGUUCACCUUUGAGAUGCUCAUCAAGAUGGUGGUAUUGGGCUUGGUUUUGCAUGAAGGCUCAUAUUUUCGUGACUUGUGGAACUUUCUGGACUUUGUAGUGGUUAGUGGUGCCCUGGUAGCCUUUGCCUUCACGAGCCUCUCUGGAGGGAGCAGUAAGGGGAAAGACAUCAGUGUCAUCAAGUCUCUGAGGGUCCUAAGGGUGCUACGUCCACUCAAGACCAUCAAACGUCUUCCCAAACUAAAAGCGGUGUUUGACUGUGUAGUGAACUCUCUGAAGAACGUGUUGAACAUCCUCAUUGUCUACAUGCUGUUCAUGUUCAUCUUCGCUGUGGUGGCCGUGCAGCUUUUUAAGGGACGAUUCUUCUACUGCACCGACGAAUCCAAAGAGUUUGCCCAUGACUGCAGGGGUGAAUAUUUGGUGUACGAGCGCGAAAACGAGGUGAAAUCGCAGAAGCGGGAGUGGAAGAAGUACGAUUUCCACUAUGACAACGUGCUUUGGGCCCUGCUUACUCUCUUUACUGUGUCCACCGGAGAGGGAUGGCCACAGGUGUUGAAGCACUCGGUGGACUCCACUUAUGAGGACCAGGGCCCGAGCCCGGGGUACCGGAUGGAAAUGUCUAUCUUUUACGUGGUGUACUUCGUUGUCUUCCCCUUCUUCUUCGUAAACAUCUUUGUAGCUCUCAUCAUCAUCACUUUCCAGGAGCAAGGAGACAAGAUGAUGGAGGACUACAGCCUCGAAAAGAAUGAGAGAGCCUGUAUUGAUUUCGCUAUAAAUGCCAAACCUCUAACACGCCACAUGCCUAAGAACAAGCAAAGCUUUCAGUACCGAAUGUGGCAAUUUGUAGUGUCACCUCCGUUUGAGUACAGUAUCAUGGCUCUCAUUGCGCUCAACACCAUUGUCCUUAUGAUGAAGUAUCAUAAGGCACCUUCUAUGUAUGAUGAAGUCCUGAAGAACCUGAAUAUAGUGUUCACCACACUCUUCUUCAUGGAGUGCGUCCUGAAAAUCAUUGCCUUUGGUCCCAGAAAUUAUGUCCGAGAUGCUUGGAAUAUUUUUGAUUUUGUGUCUGUUGUCGGCAGCAUCACUGAUAUUUUGGUGACAGAGCUAUGGAAUCCGAAUAACUUCAUAAACCUGAGUUUUCUGAGACUCUUCCGAGCAGCACGUCUCAUUAAACUUUUGAGGCAGGGCGAGACCAUUCGCAUUCUGCUUUGGACCUUCGUUCAGUCAUUUAAGGCUCUGCCGUAUGUGUGCCUGCUCAUUGCAAUUCUGUUCUUCAUCUAUGCCAUCAUUGGCAUGCAGUUGUUUGGGAACUUGCGGCUGGAUGCAGAGGAAGGUAGUGCAAUCAAUGAACACAAUAACUUCAGAACCUUCAUCAUGGCCCUGAUGCUCCUCUUCAGGAGUGCCACAGGCGAGGCAUGGCAUGAGAUCAUGCUGGCAUGUCUCGGAGGAAUGGAGUGUGAUGAAAGCUCUGGGAACGAGGGCGCAGAGUGCGGCAGCAACUUUGCUUAUGCCUACUUUGUCUCUUUCAUCUUCCUCUGUUCUUUCCUGAUGCUGAAUCUCUUUGUCGCCGUCAUCAUGGAUAACUUUGAGUACCUGACCAGGGACUCCUCCAUUCUGGGUCCACAUCAUUUGGAUGAGUAUGUCAGGAUUUGGGCAGAGUAUGAUCCAGCAGCCUGCGGCAGGAUCAGUUACAGUGAUAUGUAUGAGAUGCUCAGGCACAUGUGUCCUCCGCUAGGCCUGGGGAAGAGGUGCCCAGCUCGGGUCGCCUACAAGAGACUGCUACGCAUGGACCUACCUGUUGCAGAUGACAACACGGUGCAUUUCAACUCCACUUUGAUGGCUUUGAUACGCACAGCUCUGGACAUCAAAAUCGCUAAGGGAGGCGCAGACAAACACCAGAUGGAUGCCGAGCUCCGUAAGGAAAUGAUGGCGAUUUGGCCAAAUCUCUCCCAGAAGAACCUGGAUCUGCUGGUAACACCACACAAGUCAGCAACAGACCUGACAGUGGGCAAGAUCUACGCCGCCAUGAUGAUCAUGGAGUACUACCGGCAGAGCAAGGCCAAAAAGCUGCAGGUGCUUCGUGACGAGCAGAACCGAACGCCAUUAAUGUUUCAGCGCAUGGAGCCAUCCCCGAACCAGGAAGGGGGACAGGGGGUGAACGGUUUCCCCGAGUUGCCACAGGAACCUGUCAACAGCCUGCCUCCGGAGGGUGGAAUGAGUGAGAGCCAGUCGUGGGUGACAUCACGAGCCCAGGAAAUGUUCCAGAAGUCUGUUCCAGAAAACUGGAACCCUGACAGACCGUGUCCUAAUGACCACCACGACAGCCGUCACAAUCCACAGACGGUAGAAAUGAGAGAGAUUGGGCCUGUUGGGGACGGUUACUCGGACACUGAGCCCUAUCACCCAAUGGAAGGGCAUGGGCGGACCAUCUCCAUGCCACGCCUCUCAGCAGACAACCAAAGUGUGCGUUCUGCUGCGCGACGGAGACACAGGCCGCGAGGAAGUAACCUCAGUACCAUCACAGACACAAGUCCAAUGCGCCGUUCUACAUCUUCACUGGUUCACGGACGUUCAGGACGAGGUGUGCGACUGGACGAUUACUCUCUGGAACGGGUGGUGUCAGAAGAGGGUCACCGACACGGUCCACGAAGAAGAGAACGGGAUCGAGACCGGGAGAGAGACCGCAGUCACCGCACCUCAGAGAGAUCUCUUGCUCGCUAUACAGAUGCAGACACAGGUCUGGGCACAGAUCUCAGCACCACUACACAAUCAGGUGACCUUCCGACUAAAGAGAGAGAACGAGAAAGGGGUCGAGCAAAAGACCGUCGCCACCACCACCACCAUCAUCAUCAUCACCACCACAGUAGCUCGGUGGAUAAAGAGCAGUACGGUCAUGAGCGCGACUACCACCGUCAUCCUCACGACAGAACUGAUCGCCACUGGUCCCGCUCACCGAGUGAGGGGAGAGGGCAUAGACAGGGCAGUAGUUCUGUGAGCGGAAGCCCCGUUCCCUCGACGUCGGGGACCAGCACCCCCCGACGUGGUCGCCGGCAGUUGCCCCAGACACCGUCUACACCACGCCCUCAUGUCACCUACUCCCCUGCGGUCCGCAAGCCUCCAUACGGCUCCCCGGGCCAGGGUCGACUCCGUUCCCCUUCCCCGCGACACUUCUCUCCACCGGGUCACGAACCGCCCUACCAUCAUCCACCCUCCCGCCAUGCCUCGCCCCAUCACGGCUCACCCCGGCACGCCUCCCCGCGCUCUCCCAGGCAUGCAUCUCCCAGGUCCCCACGUCAUGGCCGCUGGGGCCCAUUGCCUGACAGCCUGGAGGGCGACGGACCUUUCUAUGAACGGGACUAUGAAUAUGAGCGGCACCAUGAGCCGCCUGCCUAUGAGCAGAGUCUAACACAGGGAAACCCCCACCCUCAUCCACUCCCGCAUCCCAGAUCACCAAGAACUGCUCGUCAAGGGCCUCCCCUGCACCCACGUCGUAUGCCUAAUGGCUACCGUUCCUCCUCGCCCUCCCCGCACCGGCGCGACCCCCACCCAGGCCCACACCGGCCGCCCCAUGGCCGUGGGCCCCGGAAGGGGUUGCACGAACAGUAUAGCGAGACGGACGAGGAUGAUUGGUGUUAGUGUGCAGGGUGACCAGGAGGGGGCACCAUUCAAUUUAUACCAAGAUGUUUAUGCACUGCAGCAGGGAGAGAGGGGGUGGAAGGGGAAACGCAAACAGGGCGAAUGCCCCAUUGUGAGACUCUGAGCCUUGGAGCAGCACAUACAGCUCCCCUACUCCCUCUCUCUCUAAAGCUUUCUCCUGCUCUCUGGACUACGUUUCCCAUGCUGCUAAGCACGCAAGGGAAUGGGAGCGUAUGAGCGAGAAUUGGGGUGGUUGCGUUUAGAUGGACUGAACUUUUAAAGAUCAGAGUCGUUGUGUUUAAAUGCUCCACUUCAAACUAAGAAAGACCGAAUGCUUCUUGCCCGAUGGAAAAAAUGAGAAGCAACAUUCUCUUUCAAUCAAAACAAAAACAAAAAAGAAGAAAAAAAAAAGAAUUGUGAAAAAGAAGCCAGAACCCAUUUUCCCCCUCACAUCUAUGCCUCUUGAAAAGACCCAAAAAAUAAAAAGGGAAGAAAAAACAUUGUUAAAGGAAAAAGCAAGUGUUCUUGUGAACGAGAGCUCUACCUACUGCAAAACCAGCCCCAUGUGCUGGCCGAUAUCGAUGAGUUUUAUCAUCUGCGUUUACUGUUACCAACUCAAGAUGCUGAGUGACUUCAUCACUUGGGGGAGGGGUUAAUCAAAGAGGCGUGGUAUAUGAAAGGACCCAGUGCAGGUGAGGAGGCGGGUGGGUGUGGCACACCGAAACCCCACCCACAAACUGCUACAUGGUCCUGACAAGGAAAAGGCCGUGGAAAAAGAACGAAACGGCAGAUGAGGAUGGGACGGAAAGACUAUUACCUCUUCAGAAUGUCUUCAAUUGAUUACUUCUUUUCGAACAUUUGGAGCUUGGUUAUUCUGUUGCAUUUGCUCAGCUUUCUUUGAUAUUUUUGGACUAAAAUCUGAUGGAAACUUGCAUGAUUGAUUUAAAAAAAAUAUAUAUAUAAAUAUAUAUAAAUAUAUAUAUCAGACAGAAGAUUUACUGUGGGAAGGGGGGUGAUAGCUCUCUUUUUUCCAUUCAGUUGGAAGUUCUUUCUCUCGUUUUCUCCCUGUUGCUCUUGCCAUGUCUACAGAUCUUUACGUGCUGAUGGAGUUUAUAGAUAGACGCUACAGCAGACCUUUCUAAAUAGCGAGACAGACCUGAGGGUUUUUUUCUAUGUUAUAUCCAUCUGAGGAUCCCAGAUGAUGUUCUGCACUGUUUAUUAUUACUUUGGAUUGCACUAAAACGAGCCUGAAUGGUGAAAUCUCCCUCAUUACGGCUCUGUCGGCCAUGGCUGCGAACAGAGAGAGAAACGGGGUGAGAGACAUUUUCCUUUCUAAAGGCUUCAUUUGCUAUUGUCAAUAACAAUAGUCUUUUAAUGAUGAAAACUAUCUUAAUGCAAUUGAUGAAGAUAACGGUGAUGCUGAUGAAGAUAGAGGUGAUCAUGUGACUGUUGUCUUGUUUUCGCGAAUUUUGUCUGUUGUGGCCAUCUUGUUUCGAACCUUAUUUUCGGUUCCGUUCACCACAAAUUGGAGUCUAUAAGGAUGCGCUCCUGAUAGCAUCCUGAAGUUUACGUACUUGUGACCUCAGCUGAGUAGAAUAUUCCUAUCUGUAGUGAAUCGUUUGGGUCAGAGCUCAAGAAUGUUUUAAAAGAGAGAGUUGGGGCAUUCAGGAUACCCUCGGGCAGUUUUUGUGUCAGAGUUUUUCAGACAAAUUCAGGGUCCAUUCCAUAUUUAUUUCUUGACAGAAAAAGAUGGUCACACAACAGUGUGAUCUGAUGAAACCGUUUUAUAGAGGGUCAGUUUUUAACCCCUUGAAUUAUUUCACAGCUAAUGUAGACUUAAUGCAAGUUAGUAUUUUGGGUGAUGAAUGUUGUUGUUUACUCUUUGUCCAUGUUGUGGUGCUGUUGCGCAGCUUAAACCAGGCUAGACUAUGGACAAACAAUCCCUUAUGAAAAUACGGUCGCCAGAGGGCACUUAAAGAACUUUAGAUUUUGCAGAACUGUCCCCCGAUAGGUGACAAAGCAGGUUUUUUUUCCGACAGGAGUUUUUUGAGAGUUUUGACCUGGGUAGUCUUUGAUGACGUAACUGGAAACAAUUCUUCCACCCUGCCUUCCUGUUCCCUGCCACGGGCAGCUUGUUAUGUCUUUGGCUGCCUGCUCAAUCUGAGACCCCCCUCCUUCUGCUCAGGAUACAAUGAUACAGCCAAACAUAUAUCUCACAGGGGUGUAGAGGUGCCUCCCCUACUGUCACUGAACCCGUCCAGCUGACCCCCACCUAUCGGACCAUCUCAAAACAUCAGAAAAGUCAAAUGUUUAUGAAAUCCCUGCAUUCCAACAGGCUUUCCCCUCCAGACAAUUUUAUUCUCCUAAAUCCUUCAAAAAAACAAAAAAAUAUUUGUUGAGAUGCGUUACGAAUAUAUAUCUAUAAAACGAUAGUGGGUAGCAUAUCUUUGACUUUUGAUUGCAGACUUGGUGUUUAGCAAAUCGCAGAGUGUUUUUGAAAUUCUAAAGGAGACGUGUGAGAUCUUUUUCUCAUUAGAAAAAGACUAAAAGUCUCAAUUUUCUCUCUAGGAGUAAGUAUUGAGAUGUUAAAGAGAUCUCAUUUCUGAUCUUUCUUUAUGGGAAAGAUGCAAAAAAUGGCAUACAUUAUGAAGCCGAAAAGGAUUCAAUAGGUUUUCAACAUAAGCACUCACUUAUUUCAGAAUAGCUCAUCACAUUCGUCUAAUCUUGAAGUCAGUUGGGCGGUUCUGUAUUUUCUCAAUUUUCUUAUCUUCAUUCUGUCCCAGAGUCAUGGAAUCCACAGUACUUGUUUUCCUAAAAAAUACAAAUAGUGUCAUUUCAUGUGAUCCCUUCUCCUUUCCAACCCAUAUUCAAGACUUUUAGGGAGGAAACCACUGUUUUCUGGGUGUUUGUUGAUGUUUGGCCCACAUUUAUCUACAGCUGGCCCCCAGUUAGCCCCUGGUUUGAUGGCCAUGGGUCUAGAUGAACCUGCAGAGCCACAGUGCCUUCUGUUCUAGUGUCGCACACUAACCCUUCCCCUGCCUCUCUUCCCUCUCCCCUCUAUCUCUCUCUUAAUGUGAUGGACUCACACUACGCCUUAACAAGUCCCCAUGUCUGCGCUGUCUGCUGGGCUUUUUAAAGACAGGGAGGCACGGUUAUAUGCUGAGUUACUCUGAGAGUAAUUAAGGGAAAUGACAACCAAGUUCUGUCAGGGUGUCCAUCUAGGAUCUCUGUCUCUCUUAGCAAUGCUUCCUCAAGUGGAUGGCAGCCAUUUUUUGAUUUGUCUCACCCUGCUCGUUCAUAGAGUUGCAUCGAACAUCGGAGGGAUUGUUCUACUUCUCAGGUCUUUAGCAAAAGGACAGAAAGGCUUGUUUUUGUCAGGCAUGAAUGUUAGCUAGACCUUUUGCAUGGUUAAUAAUUAUAUGCCCAUUUAGAAGUUCUCUUGGUCUUGUAUUUCUUUGCCGAAAACACUUGAAAUGCAGGAAAUUUGCUCCAUUUUAGCUCAAGAUGUGGAUUGAUAGAUUAUUAAUUCAAUUAGAUUUUUAUUCAGAGAUAGCAGAAGGUUGUGGUUUUUUAUGGAACAGUUCACCCAAAGAAAGAGAAUUCUGUCAUCAUUUACUCACCUUCAUCUCAUUCCAAACCAUUUACAAACUUUCUUCUUUAGAACAGAAAAAGAGAGAUGUUCAAGGAUUACUGUUGCUUUUUUUCAGAGCAGUUAAAAUGAGUAAGAAUGGAGGCUUUUAAACUUCAAAAAGGUAACAAAAGUUCCAUAUAAGUAGUCAAUGUGAAUAUAUUCCAAGUUUUAUAAAUCAUACAAAAUGUUUGUGUGAAAAACGGACUGAAAUACAAGUUAUUAACUAAAGAUUUUAGAAAUUGGUUGAACCGAUUGACAGAACCUGUCAGAAUGAUUCAUUAACAAAUUAGAAAGAUCCUAGAAAGGCUUAAAUUUGGCAUUAGGAGUAAAUUGCAAUUACUUUUUAUUUUCUAUUGUGAUGCAUAUGCAAAUAAAACAUAUUGAAGUGAAAAAAAAAAAUGCAUGUUUUUCCAAUCAAGAAUUGAUUGGGCACAUGAAUUAAAAAAUGAUGUGCAUGGAUAAAUCAUUUAUUAUAAACAUGGCAGUAUUCCAUUCAUUCAUGGGGAGUUUAAAUAUAGCACAGAAGUAGAUUCAAAAUUUAACACACAAGAAAUGAAGUCAUCUUGCUUUAGAUAAAAUGAGGGUGAAUGAUAUCAAGAAUUUUCUUUGUUUGGGUGCACUGUCCCUUUAAGAGUUUACAAAUAUAAUUAUGACCGGUGCAUCUUUCUUUGGCUCUGCUUGUUCAUCAGUUUAGUUUUGACCCUCUUUUGCUCUCAGUGUCAAUGCCUUUAUUGCUUUGUUUUCAACUCGCAUCUUCAUUUUCUGUCCCAACCGAAGCCAUUUUCAGUUUUCAACACACAAGAGAAUCAUCUUAGAUACACAACACACUUGCAUUUGAGCAUGUGUUGUUUGUUUCGUAUCGUCCUUGUAGAACAAAGCUGUAUUUUCUUUCUGUUUCAUACAAAAUAAGGGCUUUCCUUCAAUGGUUGAGUGCUGCCAAAACAAGUAACCCUCUAUGUAGCUACACCACUUCCUGUGGUCUCCCUUUGUACAGAACAGAACUACAUGUGUGUGCAUGCUAACGUGUGGGGGAACUGGAGAAAAGGGAGGGGGUGAUGGGUAAUGUAGUUUUUCUUCCCUGUAUGUAUGAGAGAAAGAACUUGAGGCACAGCUGUGGCCAGCACAGGCAAUGUGCAUGCCAAAAAACAAAACAUCUUGUCAAAUGAUAUUGUGCACCUUGGGUAAUUUAGUGCUGGGUUUGCCAAUGCAUUUAUGCUCAGCAUUUACCAUGGCAUACUUCAUUAUCACCCUCAUCUGGUCCAAAUCCAAGAUCGGAUAUGAAUCCAUCACCACUAUUCCAGAAGAUCGGAGGGUUGGGUUCAUCCAUGUGACAGUGGGACAGUCGUCUGCGAGUGUGUGCGCGUGUGUCUGCGAGCUAAUUUGAAGGCAAUUCGUUUUAUAGUGCCUUAAAUGAACAGUUUCCCAUCAACCGUAGAUGCGAAGCCAUCGCGAAAGCGAAGAGGGUCAUCAUGUUUGUACCUCGACUGUCUAUCCAUGUCUAUCUAACUUGUUUUGUUGGGUCUAUCAAUCUCUUUCUCUUCUGUAACUCUUGUAUAUCUCAUUCAUAAACUUCCUGCAACAGUCUGUGUUCAUCCUCUUUCUUCAACAUCGUCAUUUUCCUAUGUUUCAUUUCCUCUCAUUCUUUAUGCAUGUCAUGGUCUCUUUAUUCAAGUAGAAUCUAUAUUGAGAUUAUAUUGAUAACUAAUACGUAAGAAAUCAUAUUUUCAUAUAAAUGUAUGAAUUGUAACAUUAAAACAUAGAUCAUAAUUAUACACAAUUAAAGGAGUAGUUCACACAAAAGUGAAGAAUGUAAAUUUUUUUGAAGGAUUCAAUAUUUUUAGUCUGUACAAUGAACGUCAGUGGGGGUACAAGAUGUUGUUUUUCUCUUAAAAUAUCUUAUUUUGUGUUCUGCAAAUUAAAGAAAAUCACUGAGAGAGUAAUCAAUUACAUAAUUUUCCUUUUUAAGUGCACCAAUGCCAGAAUAGAUGCUUUGCUCUCAAAAAAAUGUAAUAAAAAAAUAUAGCAUUAAAUCAGAGAAAUGAACAGAUUUCUUUUUUAUGGGAAAUGAAUGUUGCGGUUCUCUAAUAGUAAGCAGAUCACAAGACAGGAAGUGUGUUUUUUGCCCGGUCAGCAGGAGUGCUCGUGUGUGUUGAAGCGUGUGGUGUGAAUGUGCGAGUGUGAGGGGAAGUUCCUGUGAGCGCACAGCCACUGUCACCGUGACACCCACAGACCCGUCCCAUCUCUCAUUAAUCACCCAUAUCCCACCCGCCAUCCAUAUUACUAUUGACCUGAACCAUUUAGAAGCAAAAGAGGAAGUUUAAAAAGAAAAAAAAGGCCAUGAUAAAGAGAGGUAUUUAAUUACUGAUUUGCAUGUGCAAUGUGCAUGCCACUAUGUGGGUUAACAAGUCAACUUCAGGAAUUAUACAAUUUAAAAAGAAAUAUACAGAAAAAGAGUAUAUAUAUGUAUAAAUAUAUAAAUAUAGUUAGAUGUUUUUAUGAGCAAUGUGUUCCUUUUUUCUUCUAUUUUAAAAAAUGAAAAAGACAAAAAAGGGAAAAAAAUAAAAUAAUACAAGAGACAUGAUAAAACUCAAAGAAUGUUUGUUUGUUUCUAUUGCCAACUGUUCUCUGAGAAUUGUAGGUAAGGUGAGCACACAACAUGCUGUGGAAAUGAGUUAAAAAAGAAAAAAAAGUGAAAAGAUACCCAGUGACUCUCAGUAUGACAGACUGCACAUCACUCUGAUUUAAGAAGAAAUCAAAAACCCUUUUGCUGAUGUUGAGCUGUGAAAGAGGCUGCCUGAAACUGGUGAUGUUACACAUUUAUUCUGGCUAUGAAAAAUCCCCCUUUUUCUCUCUCUUCCUCUGUCUCUCUGUCUCUCUGCUAUUUCUACCAGUGCAUUUUGUAAUUCCGAACAGAACUCUUCCUAAAGAACCUGAAUAAAAACCAGAGAGAAUGCAUUCUAAA